AUGAAUAAACCGCCCAGGUCCCUUCGACUCAAGCUAGGGCUUGGAGCUUUGGUGGCAUAUACUGGUUUUGAAGCGUAUAUGCAUUUGAGAACACAGCAUAUCAUAUCCCGAAGGAAGAAGGACUAUGAGGCCGCUAUCCAACUGGAGGACAUACUGAGGUUUAAGUCUGCUACGGUCAACGGCAUGUUUGUAAAUCCGUUCGAGGAAUACAGACCCCAAACCGGAUUCGAAUUCUUAUCGGUUCGAGUCAUGGAGCUCUUUGAGAGUUUCUACGGGAACAAGAUCGAGAUCCACGAUAAAUAUCCUACGCCGGAGGGAGACUUCAAAGAAGUUGACGACAUGCUCAAGAGCUUUACGCCCAAGUAUGAGCUUUUAAGAGACAACUCCAGGAUUUUCCAGGAUUGCAUCGCCCUGGGUAAGUUUGCCACACUCAAGGAGAGAAAGAACGGUGUUGCCUUGCAUGACCAGUUGCUAUGCACCUGGCUCGGCCAAUCGUGCUGUCUUGUUCAGAUAUCAGGUAUCAACAUACUCACAGAUCCCAUUUUCAGCGAUCACUUGUUCACUCCGCACAUUGGGCCCAAAAGGCUCGUCAAGUCUCCCAUGACCCUUCUGGACAUAAAAUACGCUACAAACGGGAAACUAGACUUCGUGUUGGUUUCACACAACCAUCCGGACCAUCUUGACUUAGAUGCUGUGAGCCGUAUUGGCAACAAUGCAACAUGGGUGGUUCCGUUAGGCCUCAAGCUGGUGCUUGCAAAGAGAGGGGUUUUCAAGGUGAUCGAGAUGGACUGGUGGGACAAGGUGUCCCUCAAUAAGCACAUUACGGAAAGUCCUGAUUUUCCAGACGAUUACGAGAUUGUGUGUGUCCCGGCGAUGCAUUGGUCUGGUCGCCAUGUUCUGGACUCCAAUUUGUCUCUUUGGGGCUCCUUCAUCCUCAGGCGAAACGACCAGUCGAUCUUAUACCACGCCGGUGAUACGGGAUAUUGCCGGGAGCUUUUUCAAAUGAUUGCCAAAAGGUAUGGGCCAGUAAAGCUUCUGAUGCUACCAAUUGGACAAUACUGUCCAGAAUGGCACCAGCUGCCCAGACAUAUACUGCCUGCCGAAAGCAUCAAGAUUGCGCAAAUGUUGCAGACACAGUUUGUGUUGGGUAUUCAUUUUGGCACUUUCAAACUCAGCUCGGAACCCAUUCUCGAGCCCAAGAACAACUUGCUUGAUUUGGCCAAGCAGAUGGGCAAGCCGGACGACUAUAAGGUGCCUGAGUUUGGUCUCACCUAUUCCUACCAUCUUCACAAUGGCAACCACAUAAAACACUUUGAAUAA